AUGGUGAGCAGUUUGAAACUCAUAUGGCGUCUGACAUCCCAGCAGGGUUCUUUAUGGGCUAAGUGGGUUCAUACGUAUCUAAUAUGUAAUGGAAAUUUCUGGGCUAUCAAAGAGAGCACAUCUUUAGGCUCUUGGAUAUGGCGGAAACUUUUAAAGUACAGGGACAAGGCUAAGGUCUUCCACAGAAUGGAGGUUCACAGUGGAAAAUCUACAUCCUUUUGGUAUGAUACCUGGUCAGAUAUGGGGCACCUCUAUGAUGUAGUAGGGCCACGAGGUUGUAUUGAUAUGGGUAUUAGAGCUACGGCAUCAGUGGCAUCUGUAUUCAACAGACAAAAAAGGGCUCACCGAGUUGAUGUAUUGAAUCAGAUUGAGGCAGUCCUGGAGAAUCAGAGGUUAAAGGCUGUUGAUGCAGAGGACACUCCUCUGUGGAAACAAAAAGAGGGGACUUAUAAAAACCUGUUUAGCACAAAGAGAACAUGGCAUCUCAUUCGCCAAGCUGCUCCUAUAGUUAAUUGGCACACAGGAAUUUGGUUUCAACAAGCCACACCAAAGUAUGCUUUUUGCACAUGGUUGGCUCUGCAUAACAGGUUGACAACUGGGGAUCGUAUGAUCACAUGGAGCUCAAGCAUUGAUCCAGCUUGUAUCUUCUGUCAACAUGGUAUCGAAACCCGCAAUCAUUUAUUUUUCGAGUGUGUGUUCACAGCAGCAGUGUGGACUAAAUUAACAAGAGGGCUUCUAGGAACGCACUUCAGUACAAACUGGGAUAGCAUCCUUUCUCUGCUAGUAAGCAACACUUUGGACUGCAGGGUCCGAUUUCUGGUUCGAGUUGUCUUUCAAACCUCUCUACUCUCGCUUUGGCGGGAAAGGAAUGAGAGACGGCAUGGCUCAACCCCUACUCCUAGUGCUUCCCUGGUCAAAUUCAUUGAUCGUCAAGUAAAGAACAAGUGUCUGUCCAUCCCGGUUACUGGAAAUCAAAGACUCGGAGCGCUUCUGCAACUCUGGUUUGCUUCACAAGCAUAA